CGAGCCUCAGGGACUUGCACCCAGGCUUAUGAUCAAGGUACUUGAACAGACGGGGCUCUUACCAGCCCCUUUUCUUCCCUCCCACCCCACCCCUGAUAGUCGAGUCGUCACCCUCACACUGCGAUACCACGGUAACUCGAUCAACUGCCCGUAUCCCCAGUGACUUUCAGCCGCCGCCCGCAACAAAACGACAAAAGCCCACCAUGGCGGCUGUUCUGCCACUGCGUGUAAUCCACCGCAAGGUUACAUGGGAGUCCGAAGGCAGCGACCAAGCUCGCAGAGUAACCGAGUUCUCGGUCGAGGAUCCCCGCGCCCUCGGCGUUCAGCGGUUCGACAUUGUCUCCUACCGCUGGGGCAAGCAGGCAAAGCCAUGGAACUGCGCGCAGCCGAGCAGGGACUGGGACGGUCUUCCGGGCGUGAACUGGACAGUCAAGAUCCGGAAGCCCAGGUUGAAAGACAUCCUGCGGCUGAUGGAGGAGGCCGACAUUGAUUUCCUCUGGGCCGACUGCGUUUGCCUCGACCAGGAGAACCAAGCCGAGAAGCGGGCCGAGAUUGCGCGCAUGUACGAGUACUACAAGAGCGCCAACCAGUGCCACAUCAUCGUCGACAUGGAGGAUAUCACCGCGCGCGAAGGUGAGGACGACGAGGAAGUGGAUGAGGAAGCGCUGGAGGCUGUGGACAGCGGCGUCAACCUAGAAAUGGGAUCGUCGUCGACUGUCCACAACCCCGUCUGGGAGCCCCAGACCAUCGUCGACGACCUCAAGUUCCUCGACCACAUCCUCCACCACAUGGUCGGCGCCGCGCGCGCAACCGACGCCCUGUUGAGUCCCAACGUGAUCAGACAGCUCUCGGACUGGGCAGAGGCGCCGUGGCUCUUUCGCGUGAGCCAGGCGGCUGUCAGGGCGGCUGCCGUCGAGCCGGGCAUCCUGAACUGCUACGCGACAUGCAUCAGCCAUGUGCGGUCGCUGUUCCGCAACCUUUACUUCUCUCGUGUCUGGACGUUCCAGGAGAUGCUCCUUGGCAAAAACAUCACCAUGUGGGGCGUCAACCCAGACGACAUGAAGUGCAUCGGGCAGUUCGGCACCUGGAUGGACCUCGCUAUCGAUGCCAGCGACAAGGCCUUCAAGCUGCGCAACUGGAUUGACGACUGCAGGAGGUUCAAUACUAGGGGCAUCAACGCGAUUUUGCAGGUCAUCGAGGAAGACCUGCUGAACCUCACCUUCCUGCGGACGCAGGUGCAGGGCAUCAACUCUGCGAGAACCGACAUCAUCGCUGGUGGAGCGCGCUGGUGGCGGGACAACUACAAAGGCAUCUGCAACAUCUUCUCAGCCAUCUCCAUCUGGCCACGUCAGUGCAAAGAGCCCGCCGACAUAUUCAUGGGGCUGCUGGGCGUGUUCUGCGGCUUGUUCAGCGAAGAAGAGAGCAAGCAACUCGAACUCCCCGAGGACAGCGACGGCGACAUUGACCCCCUCGCCUUUGCCUUCUUCAAGCAGCUCUCGCUGAAAACCGGCCGCGCCUGGACCCGACUGGCCAUCAGCAGCGGCGAGCGAGGCGAAUGGGACUGGAUACCCGUCGCGGCCACCCCAAAACACAUCCGCACCACCGACAUCUUCGCCGGCGUAGUCGAGCUGGGCGCCCUGCGGCCCAAAGGCCGCGUCAAGACUGUGGCCGUAACCGGCCUCCUCGGCACCCCUCGCCCAUACAUCAGGCUCCAAACCCAUCAACAACCCAAAGACUGGGGCUUCAACCUCAUCUUCCGCGGCUGCAACGCCGGCAAGCGCGUCAAGAUCUCCACCUUCAAAUCCGAACCGAUCCCGCUAAACGACCGAACCGUCUCCAUAACAGGCGACGUAACCGGCCGGACCCUCGUCCAAGCCACCACCAUCCUAGGCGCCCUCCUCGACCCAGCCGCGCAAGACGUAGUCUCCUACCGCCGCCGCGUGCUCGACAAGCUCGCCCCGCGCUGGCGCGUCACCGACCCCAACGCCAAACCGGCGGGCUGGAUCGACCGCUGCGUGAGCGGCACGCCUUGGGAGAACCCUCCCCUCGAGCACAUCCGCGCGCACAACCACUCCAUGGCGAUCCGCCUGCAGGACUUUACGGGGUGCGAGUCGCGGCUGUACAACGACGCGACCAAGGCCAUCGCGUGCGAGAUGCGGCUCGCGUGCGGGUGCACGCUCCUCGCGCCGUUUUACUUUGUCAUCGAGGCGCUGAUCGGGGUGGAGGGAUCUUUCCUCGGGGAGAUGACUGUCGGGCUGGAUAGGGACAGUCGGAUCUUCUUGCAGGACGGGGUGGGGUUGAUCCAGCCGGGUGAUGUGGGCAAGUCGUUCUCUGUCGUGGCGUUUCAGGGCAAUGUGAACGCUUAUCGGGCGUACGCGACGAGCUGUAGGAAGGUCAAGAAGAAUAAGCCUGUGCCGUGGAACAAUGUCAAGAUGCCCUGGCCGAGGGGCAGGGCGAUUGUCAAGGAGGAGUUCAGGCAUGGGCUGGGGGAUGUGAUGAGGGAUUAUGGGUAUAUCCGGAUGGGGGGGUAUGUGAGGGAGGAUGGGUAUCAGCAGGUGGGCGGCUCGGGAAACUUGUUGAUCUGUCGGGGGCAUCCGGCGGAUGAUUAUCGCAUUAUCGGAGUUUGUGUGGAUGAGUAUAUCGAGAAUAAGAAGGGGGAGAGGAGUGUAGUAGUUCGCUAGGGGACUUCCAUUGUAUAAGUCGAGACUGAUGGGAAACGACCUUGGGUAUGCAAUCGUAUUGAUGUGGUUGCGCGAAGGAUCGCAACUGUGGGGCAGGCACGGCUGUCGGAAAUACAGCCCUGGCUGCAAGCACCAACCACGUGAGUCAGUGCAACCCAACCCGAGCUACUGUAUAUACAUGAAUCGGAGCGGUCGAGUCA